CACUUCAACUCUAUGUGUAAUAGGUAGAGAUAGAUCGAGCGCAAUAGAUACACAGAUAGCUCAUUGGCUGUGUAUACCCACUUUGGGUGUAACAGACUGGGUUUUCAUCCAUUUUCUUAAGAAAAGAUAGAUAGAUAGAUAUAGCAUAGGUGAGAUAUACGGAGAGACAGGGAGAACAUAAUGGGUCUCUCUAGUGCUAUUGAAUGGUGGGAGGAGUGGCAGCUGCGCAUCCUCGCCCUCAGUAGUAUGGGCAUUCAAGUGUUCCUUUUCUUCUCUGCUAUGAUGCGUAAGCGUGCUAUUCCUUCCUGGUUCAGAUCCAUAGUAUGGCUUGCUUACCUUGGCAGCGAUGCUACGGUAAUAUAUGCCAUGGCCUCUCUCUUCAACCGCCACAAGAACCAAGAUUACACUAAUAGCUUCAAAGUACAGGGCAGCUACAGCCUGGAAGUGUUCUGGGCUCCCAUCCUCCUAAUCCACCUUGGUGGGCAAGAUGUUAUAACUGCGUACAACAUCGAAGACAAUGAGCUUUGGAGGAGGCAGGUCCUCACCACUGUGUCACAAAUAACCGUGUCUGUCUAUGUGUAGGUCCUCACCACUGUGUCACAAAUAACCGUGUCUGUCUAUGUGUUCUACAAGUCAUGGUGGCUGGACAUUAUUCACAGUGACUUGAGGAUGAUGCAGGCAGCUAUGCAGAUGUUUGUCUUUGGAGUUCUCAAAUGCAUAGAGAAGCCGUGGGCUCUCAGGAGCGCUAGCAUUAACAUGCUUGUUAGCUCUAAUAGCCUCAUUACAAAGAUAGAAAAGAGCAAUGAAGAAGGGGAUAGAAUUGAUAUUUCUCUUGAGUCCUAUGUGGAAGAAGCGAGGAAAUUUGUCUUGAAUCCUUCUGAUGUUGACGGUAAUAGAUGCCACUUUAAGCCCUAUAUGCUAUUUGUUGAUCUUUCAUUGCCAUAUUCUCUUCGGCUUAGUAUCCUCAAAACCUUGUGGAUACGUGAUGAUGUGCAUUUAUUGUUGCAAGAAGAACUCGCGCACACUUUUCACCGACUCUACACUAAAUUGAGAACGUUAGUACCAGAUCAUCAUGUCGUGUGGAGUACGGAUUGGAAAAAUAUUCCAAAAAGUCCAAGAUCGAUCCGAUCGGUUCUCGAGAGUAUUUCAAGGAUUUUACGGAUAUUGGGUUUGUUCUUCCUGUUUGAAGCCUCCGGAAUCUUCCUCCUAAGUCAUAAAGAAGUUUAUAAGAGCAAUGAUAUCAAGGUUACAUAUGUACUCCUGUGUUGCACAACAAUGAUUGAGUUCUUAUCUUUAUUUGGUUGGGUAUAUACUAACAUAUUUCGCAACAAUCCACCAUGGAGUUACAAGGUUUCUCAGUGUAGACUCAUAGGAAACUAUGUUGGUAGUAGCAUCAAGCCUUGUGAUUCAUCUGGAAGCAUCAUAGUGUUGGUUCUUCAACAUGUCAAAUCUGGGUGGAAGGAUUAUAUAACAAAUGUUGCCUCUUAUCGGAUGUUCAAUGAUAACAGGGGCCAAUGGUCGCUUCAGCGCAACAACUGUGACAAUGAAGACCUAGCUUGGAAUGUAAGGGCACCAUUUGAUGAGAGCGUCCUUCUCUGGCACCUCGCAACUGAUUUGUGCUUACUAAGUGAAGGAUAUACCAAUGAGGGAGCCACACGGAGCAUAGAAAUUUCCAACUAUAUGAUGUACCUACUGUUGAAUAAUCCUGAUAUGCUAAUGGCCGGCACCAAAAGGAGUCUCUUCACAACUGCUAUUCAUGAGCUCAAAGGCAUCAUUGGGGAUGAAACACUUGAGGACAUAGAUCUUGCACACAAGAUAAUUGCCAAGAUGGAGUCAAGCGAAGGUUGCCCUAGUUUUAUCCACAACGCUUGUGUGCUUUCUAAGGCACUGUUGUGUCUUGAUAAUACGAAGAUGUGGGAGGUGAUCGAGGGCGUGUGGGUAGAGAUGCUAUGCUUCUCUGCAUCUAGAUGCAGAGGGUACCUACAUGCGAAGAGUCUGGGUAAUGGCGGAGAGUUGCUCACCUUUGUAUGGCUCCUGUUGUUACAAAUGGGGAUGGAGCCCCUAGCAGAGAAGCUGCAGAGGGCAGAGAUUCCAAAAAGAGGAGGAAACGGAGCCGCUAGUGCUGCUUCAUUGUCUUCUGAUAAGAGCUUGGCACUACAGCGAAAGAAGACUGAGGUUCCAAGUGGAGAUGAAGGAAAUAUUGCCGAUGUGCCAUCGACUUCCAAUGACAGUAUAGUCAUUGAUAUUGGAGACAAUGCUUCUUGACACCCAUAUUUUUAAUAUCUUGUUUUGUA